GUUGCAGGGGGAACUUGAAACUGUCUGAUUGGGCCAUGCAAGUUGCACAAAGGAAAAGUCAAGCAGCCUCUUGCAGGCGAGCAAACAGCAACAGGUUUUUGCUCACCGGGACAACUGCAUAAAUUGUAUUAAUUAUUCCGUUAUUUAUAGCCAAAAUACCGAAGCUACGGAAUAUAAAAAGUAUCUGUAAAUUGUAUUACUUUAUCAAGUUAAAUAGAGGAGAUUUGUUAUUGAUCAGCUCACAAUGAAAAUGGAUUUUCGAACGAGUUAUGUGACUUUUUUCGCAGUGAUCAUGCCGUCAUUGAUGAUAUCAGCGCAAGGGGAUAAUGGCAUUGCUUUCCCGGACCACGGAUUUUGCCAGCCUAUUUCAAUCCCACUAUGCACGGACAUCGCCUACAAUCAAACUAUCAUGCCCAAUCUGGUGGGGCAUUACAAUCAAGAGGACGCAGGACUGGAGGUGCACCAGUUUUACCCCUUGGUAAAGGUACAGUGCUCGCCGGAACUUAAAUUCUUCCUAUGUUCAAUGUAUGCGCCUGUUUGUACAGUUUUGGAAAAGGCCAUUCCACCCUGUCGCUCAAUUUGCGAGAGGGCAAAGCACGGCUGCGAGGCGCUCAUGAAUAAAUUUGGGUUCCAGUGGCCAGAACGCCUCCGGUGCGAGAAUUUCCCCGUGCUUGGAGACGGGCACAUUUGCGUGGGUCAGAAUGAAUCUACUGCCACUGCCCCGCCCGUACACAUGCCAGUCCCUGGAACCCCUGGCGUCCAUGUCUACUCCACAUCAGACAGGCCUUUCCGCUGUCCAUCUGUGCUCAAAGUCCCCACUUAUCUGAAUUAUUCGUUUCUGGGGGAGCUGGAUUGUGGAGCACCAUGUGAACACUCGAGGAGCAGUGGAGGCUACAUGUUCUUCAAUGAUAAAGAGAUUUAUUUUGCACGCAUAUGGAUCCUCAUCUGGUCGUCUCUGUGCUGUGCCUCCACCCUAUUCACCGUCACCACCUACCUAGUGGACAUGCAGCGCUUCAAGUACCCAGAGAGGCCCAUCAUCUUCCUUUCUGGGUGCUACACCAUGGUCUCCAUAGCCUAUAUCGCUGGCUACUUCCUGGGGGACAAGGUGGUGUGCAAUGACAGCUUCACCCCAGACGGAUAUAAGACCAUAGUCCAGGGGACCAAGAAGGAGGGCUGCACCAUCCUCUUCAUGAUGCUGUAUUUCUUCAGCAUGGCCAGCUCCAUCUGGUGGGUCAUCCUGUCCCUCACCUGGUUCCUGGCAGCUGGGAUGAAGUGGGGGCAUGAGGCUAUUGAGGCCAACUCCCAGUACUUCCACCUGGCAGCCUGGGCCGUGCCCGCCGUGAAGACCAUCAGCAUCCUGGCCAUGGGGCAGAUCGAGGGGGACGUGCUCAGUGGGGUGUGCUUUGUGGGCCUCAACAGCCUGAACCCCAUACGGGGCUUUGUCCUGGCCCCCCUCUUCAUCUACCUCUUCAUCGGUACCUCCUUCCUCCUGGCCGGCUUCGUGUCCCUGUUCCGCAUCCGCACCAUCAUGAAGCACGACGGCACCAAGACGGAGAAGCUGGAGCGCCUGAUGGUGCGCAUCGGGGUGUUCAGCGUGCUCUACACCGUCCCCGCCACCAUCGUCAUCGCCUGCUUCUUCUACGAGCAGGCCUUCCGCCACCACUGGGAGAGAAGCUGGGUCAGCCGUAACUGUAAAGGCUUAGCCAUCCCCUGCCCCAUGCAGUACACCCCCCGCAUGACCCCCGACUUCACCGUCUACAUGAUCAAGUACCUGAUGACUCUCAUAGUGGGCAUCACCUCCGGGUUCUGGAUCUGGUCUGGCAAGACACUCCAGUCCUGGCGCAAGUUCUAUACCAGACUCUCAAAUCGUAGGCAUGGAGAGACCACUGUCUAGGGAGGGAGGCCAAAACAUGGGACUUGUUUUUGGACAUUCAUUUGGAUGUUUUAUAGUGUGUUUUUCUCCCUCCUAUUUGUUUACUCACUGUCAGAGACUCAGUGGUACUUUUAUACAUUGAUCAUCAGAUACUGUCAGUAUUUUAUGGAACAUUGACAGAAUUUUUAAGAAGUCAAAUAUUGCAUGCCAAAAUCAAGCUUUAAGAGUCAGGGGGUGGGGGACGGGGGUCUUGACCAAAGGACAAACUGUUGCUCACCUGAAGAAUGGCCAAACCUCAGAAUGACCAAACAACAAAGGUGUUCAGUGGAUGCCAUGUGCUGAAGUGCUCUCUCUCUUCCCCCACUCUGUUCCUACUCCCUUUUUAAGUUAUCAGCCAUAAAAACUCUCCAGUGUGAGUGAGAAUCCAGCUGGGAAUACAGUGAGCGGGGGAAGGAAGGAGGCCUGAAAGGACAGGCGGCCAUUUUAAGACUUUGUUUUCACUCUGUGAACGUGUGAGAUGUAAUUAACUGCUGUAAAUAGGAAUUGUAAAAUAUAAAAUUAUAUAUUUGUAUUUAAAGAAAGGACAUGUUUUGUUUUGUCUUCCGACAGCCGUAGUGCCUGGUUAACUAGCACCCCUUCUGAAAGGAGCCAUAGAUGCACACACUGUCUGUCUCUUAGUGCUGUUUUCACUGGCAGUAUGACACAUACACAUUUGAAGUUUCUCCUGUCAAACCCAGAUCUGUAAUCAUUUUCCUUCUGAUGUAUCAGAUCAGGGAAGCUGGGUUGUAGUAAAGGCAGUCUUUGGCUGUGCAUUUUCCCUACUUAGCCCUUCUCCUUCCUCUCGUCUCCCCCCACCAAUUAAAUCCCGCUGAGCUGAUCUGGGUGGUAGGGGUGAAGACAAGGCUGCAAGGACACUGUGGUCAUGCCUCCAGGGUGGGAAAGCUAGCCCUAAUUGUCAGUACUACACUCCAUUACCAAAAAGUCACACCAAAAAGAUCCACUUCUGGAGACUGUUGCUCAAACUGUAAAAAAAAAAAAAAAAAUUGAAAAACGGAAUCAAAGAAGAAUGAGGUAUGUUGUCACGUGAAAAGUGGUGUGAAUCUGGCAACCGUGAAUCUGGCAACCACUAAUCAACAAAUGUAUCUCACGUGAUUUGCUGGGGGGGUUAGGGGAUGGGAAGGUGACGACAAAAUAAAAGCCACAUGAUUUUUGUUUUGCUGUGUGUGUGUGUCCUGUGUUAUCUUGACAAGCAGGAUUCUUUUCUUGAACUUGUCUAUUUCGUUUGUCUUUUAAUUAAAAAGUGAUUUUCUUACCACUACAUUACAGCUCAGAAUGUGCUAAUAAAAUAGUUAUAGUAUGGAAAUGAUAACAUUACACAUAUGGUCACUGUCUGAAAGUAAGGGUUUGUUGAUGAGGGUUAGAAAAGGGGUUCCCUGUUACUAUAUUGUUCUAUACUACAGCACAAACUAUGCGGUGUCAUUUCAAGAGCGACCGUUAUUUCUCAGAACUGAGUGGUAACAUGUUAAUGCACAAAGAUGUAAGUGAAGUUACAAAAUGGUGGUCUCUGCCCAACUUCACCAGGUUCAUCAUAAAUUCCCAGUUCCCUAAUUAAAUGACCAUAAAAAGGAUUUCUACAUCAUGUUAUAAAGUUAUGGUUCAACAAAAAUUGGAUAGGGUUGAAACCUGUAUGUCUUAUGGCUGGAGGGGGCUUAGCUGUACCACGGUGUAUGUUCCAGGUUCAAACUAACAAUGCCCCCUUUGGAAACAAUCCAAAUGCUGGGCAUUAUAAACAUCACUGUGCCUCUGUUGAAGAGGGGAUCACAUUUGGGCUCUGGUGUAUGUCUUGAGGCCACGCAGUUUUACGGGCUGGACCCAAUACAAUGGCCUCCUUCACUCCAAAGUCAUUCAGUUACGAUGAUGAGGUGCUGUAAGAAGCCCUACUUUAACGUGCUCUUGUGUGCACAACGCGUGGCUGUACGUAUGUGAGCCUUGUCUGUCGGUAGACUUGCCCGUCUGGCCGCAUCUCUCUCUCAGCUAUCUCUCUCUUGCUCUCUCAUGAUGUGUGGCUAAAAUAGGCCUACUCAGAGAAGUCUCCAUCACGCUGCCCUCGCCAAUGUGUUGACAGUUGAGUCAUACCUCAACAUCUGUUAGCUUUCAGACUGUGUGGCGGCUGCCACGAGGAUGCAUUACCCUGACGCUGCUCGCCAAGGUAACAUUGGAUACCUGGAAUGACAUACCCUAAGAUGGAAUAUUAGCUUCUAUGCCAAUAAGAACUUGAGUAUGCUACUUUGUGUGUGUGUGUGUUUCUUUGUGUGAUAGAUGGCUGAAUCUGAACCUCCUCUGUGGUGAUGUAAUGAAAUAAAUGCAGUGCUGGCUGGAGAAAGUGGAUACCCCCGGACCCCCAACACCUCCAGCACUGAGGAUAUGAGGAAUACUUCCAAAACAUACUGUAAGCAUACAGUGCCUUCAGAAAGUAUUCACACCCCUUGACUUUUUCCACAUUGUAUUGUGUUACAGCCGGAAUUUGAAAAAAAUUGUAAUUGAGAUUUUGGGUCCCACAAUACACCAUAAUGUCAAAGUGAAAUUAUGUUUUUAGAAAUGUUUACAAAUGUAUUAAAAAUGUAAAGCUGAAAUGUCUUCAGUCAAUAAGUAUUCAACCCUUUUGUUAUGACAAGCCUAAAUACAUUCAGGAGUAAAAAUGUGCUUAACUUGUCACAUAAUAAGUUGCAUGGACUCACUCUGUGCAAUAAUAGUGUUUAACAUGAUUUUUAAAUGACUACCCCAUCUCUGUACCCCACACAAACAAUGAUCUGUAAGGUCCCUCAGUCAAGCAGUGAAUUCCAAGCAAGGAUUCCACCACAAAGACCAGGGAGGUUUUCCAAUGGUUCACAAAGAAGGGCAGCUAUUGGUAAAUGGCAAAAAAAGAAGCGUACAUUGAAUAUCUCUUUGUGCAUGGUGAAGUUAUUAAUUACACAUUGGAUGGGGUAUCAAUACACACAGUCACUACAAAGAUAUAGGUGCCCUUCCUAACUCAGUUGCCGGAGAGGAAGGAAACCGCUCAGGGAUUUCACCAUGAGGCCAAUUGUGAUUUUAAAACAGUUACAGAGUUUAAUGGCUGUGAUAGGAGAUAACUAAGGAUGGAUCAACAACAUUGUAGAAGUUACUCCACAAUACUAACAUAAA